CCUGUUCAUCAUGUGUUUAAGUCAUUUCGAUUUAACACAUAUUACAAAGCACCCGAACGUGAGAAGCAAUGGCUACCACCACAGACAUUGGUCUCUUCUCUGCCUGGGAUUAUGUUAUAUUUGCUGGUGUUCUGUUCAUUUCUGCAGCUAUUGGAGUCUAUUAUGCCUUUCAGGGACGAGGAAAGACCACUUCAAAAGAAUUCCUGGCAGGUGGAAAGAGUAUGACAGCAGUGCCAGUGGCUAUGUCCCUAACUGCUAGCUUUAUGUCUGCAGUGACUAUCCUUGGAACUCCAGCUGAUGUCUACCGUUAUGGAGCAAUGUAUAGCAUCUUCGCUAUAUCUUAUGGAUUUGUAGUACUUAUUUGUGCAGAAGUAUUCCUUCCAGUUUUUUACAGACUUAAUCUUACAAGCACCUAUGAGUACUUAGAACUUCGCUUCAGCAAAGUUGUACGGAUCUUGGGAACAGUCAUUUUUAUCAUUGAAAUGGUGUUAUACACUGGUAUUGUGAUAUAUGCACCUGCUCUGGCACUGAAUCAAGUUUCAGGUUUUAACCUUUGGGGGGCAAUGAUUUCAACUGGAUUAGUGUGCACCUUCUACUGUGCAAUGGGUGGUCUGAAAGCUGUAAUCUGGACAGAUGCAUUUCAGAUAAUUAUCAUGGUGGCAGGAUUCAUAGCUGUCAUUAUUAGAGGUGUAGUGGUACAAGGUGGAAUCCAAACAAUACUGAAUGAUUCUUAUUACGGUGAAAGACUGAACUUCUGGGAUUUUGAUCCCCAUCCACUGCGUAGACACACUUUUUGGACAAUUGUGAUUGGUGGAACAUUUUUGUGGACGGGAAUCUAUGGUGUCAAUCAGUCUCAAGUGCAGCGAUACAUUGCUUGCAAGACACAAUUUCAAGCAAAACUGUCUCUGUACUUAAACCUGCUGGGACUAUGGGUAAUAUUGGCCUGUGCUGUGAUCUCAGGCCUCAUUCUAUAUUCAGUGUAUAAAGACUGUGAUCCAUGGAUGUCAAAGCGAGUGUCUGCUCCUGAUCAGCUAAUGCCUUACCUAGUGCUAGAUAUCCUACGAAACUACCCAGGAGUGCCUGGCCUGUUUGUAGCGUGUGCUUACAGUGGCACUUUAAGCACAGCCUCAUCCAGCAUCAAUGCACUGGCUACUGUUACAGUGGAGGACCUUAUAAAACCAUACACAAACCUAUCUGAGAAAAAGCUGUCAUGGCUUUCGAAAGGAAUGAGUGCCUUUUAUGGAUUACUGUGCAUAGCAAUGUCAGUGGUUGCUUCAUUUAUGGGAAGUGUGAUUCAGGCAGCUUUAUCUAUAUUUGCCAUGAUUGGAGGUCCACUUCUUGGACUUUUUUGCCUUGGAAUGUUUUUCCCUUUCACAAAUUCUUUGGGUGCAGUGGUGGGGUUGCUUUCUGGGUUUUCUGUAUCUCUGUGGAUUGGAAUUGGAUCCCAUAUCUAUCCUCCACUUCCUGAAAGAAGCAGACCACUUCCACUUUCAACGGAAGGAUGUGCUUUUAUCUUGGAAGAUGCCAACUGGACCUCAACUUCAAACUGGACCUCAACUACAAUAUGGACCUCAAUGACAACAUCACCAGUGACUAUACUGCCCACAGUAUUGCAGCCUGAUGGCAGUGCAAGGCCAGAACUGGCUGAUUAUUGGUAUUCGUUAUCAUACUUAUACUUAAGUGUUCUGGGAACUAUUGUGACUAUCCUUAUUGGGAUAAUUGUAAGCCUUUUCUCUGGAGGAUUGAAGCAAAACAUAAAUCGUGACUGCCUAUUUGGAAGACAGGAUUGUGGUCUUCUUGACUUUAUCUGCUGUCUGAAAUCUGACAAGCAGGAUAACAUUGAGAUUUUAGAAUGGAAGCCACACAACGGACAAGGACAUGACAAUCCAGCCUAUACAUCAGAUAAUUUAAGCCUAUCACAAAUUAAAUGAAUACAAAUAAUAAAUACAAUUUAUUUUAAA